AUGCCUUCCUCCUGUAUCUCAAAGUUGUUGAGAUUACUUCCAUUUCUAGUGAAAGUGUCGGGUGAAGAGAUUCGAAGGUCGGCUCCACCAGAAGACGACGGUGGAGGAUUCAUGUUGACGCUGUUUCCGAGGCAGUCUUCUUCGAUUCCGCUACCGACUUUCGGCGUGACAUUGCAACUUUUGGCCAAAUUUCCAGUUGGACGUGGAGCCCGAGCAUUGCGACUUUCACGAACAAACACCGACUGCAACCAACUUCACCUGAAUCUACAGACUCCCUACUCUGUGGACCAGUUGCCUCGACUACCACUUCAUCAUGUUCCUCAAUCUUCUCCCCUCUCGCCCAUUUGCACAAAACUUUCCCAGCCUCUUUCAAUCACUCUUUCUCGCGUAACCCAGUCAAUUUCGCUUGUUCCUCCUCUCAAUAAUCUCAUCAUUUGGACUGUCUGUUUUAAUUUGUCCAAUGGGCCAGAAGGCCUUAACUCCAAGCAGACAAUGAACCGGUGUUGCCCGGUUGCGGUGGAGAUGUUGUUUUUCAACAUGGAAACCCAUUUCAACGACAUCCUUACUUUGCCCGUCAACGCGGACAUCAAUCUUCUGUCGCAUAGAAGAUGCAUCAAUCGACAGUUGCUAGAUCCAGGCUCAACUCCAACUCUGAUUGUCUUCACGUGUCGUCCUCACCGACAGCAAAGGGCUGUCUCAGGCGGGGUUCGAGCUGUGCGAUCGUGA